AUGGGAAAAAGUACAUGUAUAUCACUUUUUCUUCGCUUCUAUGAACCUACAUCGGGUCGAAUAACGAUCGAUGGUCGGCCGAUAACAAAUUACAAUAUCAAACAACUUCGGCAAAAUAUUGGAGUUGUUAGUCAAGAACCUAUUCUGUUUGGUAUGAAUAUUUAUGACAAUAUUCGUCUUGGUAAGGUGAAUGCAACACGAGCAGAAAUUGAACAAGCAGCAAGAGAAGCAAAUGCACAUAAUUUCAUCAUGCAAUUACCAAAUGUUUGCGCCAAACAUUCAUCUUUAUCAAUUUAUAUAUCUUCUCAUUAUUUUUUCUUUAGAAAUACGAAAACAUUUGUUGGUGAACGUGGUAUACAGUUGAGUGGUGGUGAAAAACAACGCAUUGCAUUAGCUCGUGCUCUCGUGAAACAGCCUACGUUCCUUUUACUGGAUGAAGCAACAAGUGCGCUUGAUAAUGUUAGCGAAAAAAUUGUUCAAGAAGUACUCGAUCGAGCAUGCCAAGGUAAAAUUGUUUUCUAUGGUUACGAUAUUGAUAUAUCAUUCUGUAUAGGUCGUACAACUAUUGUUAUUGCUCAUCGUUUGACUACAAUUCAAAAUGCUCAUCAAAUAUAUGUAUUAGAUAACGGAAAUGUGAUUGAGCAAGGUACACAUGCCAUAUUGAUGGCAAAAGAAAAUAGCAAAUACCAGGCGAUGGUCAAACGUCAACAAAUGGAAAGAAUCAAUGAUGAUCCAAAUGAUAUGAUGGGCAUACAAAAAGCAAUCGAAGAAGAUGAAAAGUCGAUCUUAUGGAUUCUUCGUUUCUGUCAAUAUACAACUUUUGCAGUAGCAGGAUCGAAAUUGACGCAACGUAUUCGUUCGAAAGCUUUCGCGUGUCUUCUUCGUCAAGAAGUUGCUUAUUUUGAUCGACCUGAAAAUAGUUCUGGUGCGAUUUGUGUUCGUCUUUCUUCUGAUGCAUCGGCUAUUCAAGAGAUGCUUGCUGUUGAAGUUAUUCAUAAUUUACGUACAAUAAAACAAUUAUCCAUAGAAAAGGAAAUGUUACAACAAUAUUCUGAACUUAUUCGUCAAGUGUUUAUGUUAGUCAAUUGA